AUGGACACAACAAAGCCCGAGUUCUAUUCUCAGAACCACUCCUUCCAGCAUGACCUUGGAGUUGAGGUUCUCCAGCAGUACAUGAGGUGGGAGGAAGGCGACACAGUUCUGGACGCUGGGUGUGGCACGGGAGAAAUCUGCAAAUACAUCUCUCAACAGCCAGGGGUCGCUUCUGUGGUGGGCUUUGAUGUGUCUCCUGAAUUCGUCUGCCAUGCCAGACAGCACAACUCCUCCCCAAACGUGUCCUACCACGUGUCUGAUAUCUCGGACACUUCAACAAUUAAGCCGGAGUUGCGAGGUGCCUUCAGUAAAGUAGUUUCUCUCCAAGUACUACACUGGGUCCAAGACAAGGUCGCUGCGCUAAAAGUGCUGCAUUCUUGCCUAAAGCCUGGAGGAGAAAUUCUACUGUGGUUCACUACUAAUUUGACCAAGAUUUCCCACAUCAUCCUGGGAAUGGCUUCCCAUCCCAAAUGGAAAACCUACUUGAAAGAUUUUGAGCCGAAUUAUUUUCCCUGGCCUUCUAGUGAUAUCUUAAGAGAACGCAGCCGCCUUCUGGAAGAGUGUGGAUUUGACAUCAUCUCCUGUCAUUUCAAAGAACAUCAGCACUCUUACAGCUCUAAGGAACACCGGAGGAAAGCUAUGAGUGCAGUUUUACGCCACCUUUGCUACAUACCACAAGACAAACACGAGGAAUUCUUGGACGACGUCGAAACGAUGGCAAGAGAUGUCAAAUUUGUGUCAGGCGGUUACAAUGUAAACGAUAAAUGUCAGAUUAUCUAUGCUCGAAAGCUGUAA